ACGAUGAGAUUGGUAACCAGACUGUUGCGGCCAGCAUCAGCAUCAACAGUAACCACCGCGGCAGUUGUUUCGUGCCCAACCCGACGAUUGAUCGCUAGCGGUGGACAGCGAUACAUAAGCAACACAACAGUGUGUCCUCUCGAUCAGACGUCCGUUCUCUCACGGAGUGUAAAAAUGUUGGACACCGUUCAAUGCCGCAAACCGUUCAGUACCGAUUUCUUCUUCCGGCAGUUGUUUGACGAACAAUCGCACACCUAUUCGUAUCUGCUGGCUGACAUUACAUCCAAGGAGGCCAUUCUGAUCGAUCCGGUGCUGGAGCAGGCGAAACGCGAUGCCAAGCUGAUCGAGGAGCUGGGCUUUACUCUCAAGUAUGCCUUAAACACACACAUGCAUGCGGAUCACGUGACUGGUACCGGGUAUCUGAAGCAGCUUCUUCCAGGAACCGUCAGUGUGAUCUCGCAGAAUAGUGGGGCGAAAGCUGACCGACACCUGGCGGACAACGAAACGGUGCAGUUCGGUCGGCAUCAGCUUCGUGCGCUAUGUACUCCGGGCCACACUAACGGCUGCAUGACGUACGUGGUCGAUGAGCAGGGGGUUGCCUUCACGGGCGAUACGCUGCUGAUUCGAGGCUGUGGCCGUACGGAUUUCCAGGAGGGCGAUUCACGAUCGCUGUAUCGUUCCGUGCACGAGCGAAUCUUUACGUUGCCGGAAAAUUUUCGCCUUUUUCCGGCCCACGAUUACAAGGGCAACAUGGAAACGAGCGUAGCGGAAGAAAAACGUUACAACCCACGACUCACUAAAGACGUGGAGGCGUUUGUUGAGCUGAUGAACAACCUGAACUUACCGUACCCGAAAAUGAUUGACAAAGCUGUGCCGGCUAACCGGGAGUGUGGUUUGUUCGAUAUUCCGAAGGAAGAUUGAACCACUCGGAAUGCUGCCAGAAAAAGAAAGUGGAAUGUAAGGUGCGGGAUGCAUCGACUGCAACAGAGAACAAGUAUUAUCGUUGACUGAACUUGACGGUUUUUAAAGUGGAACGGGUUUACAAUGUGUUUCUGUUGAAUGCACGCACCACUGUUGGGCAUGUGUUGUGAAAAAAAAACGGUUACAUUAAAGACAAUGCCCCGAAUUGU